CCCCGGUCAUCGAGGAGGCGAUGGAGCCUGAAGAAGAGAAGGAGGAAGUCCAGUAUACUGAUACGAGCUAUACGAGCGCCUCAUUCGAGAGUCUGCCACCACCACCUGUGGUUGAAGAGCCCAAGAAAAAGAAAAAAAAGAAGAAAGUAGAGGAAGAAAAAAUAAAGAAGUCCAGCAGUGAAAUGUUCCAAUGGUCUGAGGAAUCGUUGCCAGCAGAGGAGCAGAAGGUAGAAGAAGAAGCCAAAGAGAAAAAGAAGAAGGAAAAGCCAGCAAAGGGGAAAGGAAAGAAGGGGAAGGGGAAAGUGGUGGAGGAGGAGAUACCGGAGUUUGAAAAGCCCAAAGGAUGGAAGAAGAUGAACAAGAAGGAACAGGACGCGUGGAUGGUGGCUCGUAUCGAACAGUGGAGACAAGAGGUGGAAGCUGAGAAGCAAGCUAAGAUAGCGGGUGCGAAAGAGAAGCGAGCAGCCCUGGCGCGCGAACGAGCUGAACUGAUGGCCAGAGACAAUGAGGAACAGGAGGUCAGAAGGGACCUGCUGCAGAAGACCUGUAACCUGAUGGCCAGACAGGAGAGACAAAAGCUGGAAUACGAAAACAAAAAGCAGAUAAAAGCAGAAUGGGCCCAGUAUCUCCGCUGCGAUGGGCUCCCAGACCCCAGGGUGGUGACACAAAUGGCGACGUACCUUCAUCUUUGGAAGGAGAAAGCGAUUUAUGAUGAUGACGAGUUGGAAAAGAGGUGCAUUGAGGCCCUACCAAUGCUGGAAAUGCUGGAAGAAUUUGUGGCUAAUUCCAGACAGUAUACGCCACAACAGGCUCAAAAUUAUAAUGAGGUACGUCUGCAACUCAGAGAACAACUAGCGGUCGCGAUAGAGUUUGCGUCAUACGCCGUGCUGAGGAACAUAGAGAAGAAGUUGAAGUGGCCGUCCAUUAAACUGUGCACCUAUGAGCGGACCUUCAAGGGCCUCAAGCUGAACCUGUGGCUAGCAGUGCGCAUGCCAACCAGGAAGCCUCCGCCUAUACCCCCCGAAAGAGAGCCAGUAGAACUGGAAUUCCCCGGUAUCCAAGUGACAGUGACGCUGCCGAAGAUCAUAGACGGAUCCUGCGUCUGCGUACGCGCAUCCCGUUCGCUGAUAGACCUGCUCAGCGAGAGCUCCAGGAGUUAUCCCCUGAUCAAUGACAUGCCUAAUCGGUUUGAAGAUCUCUUCGUGUUCAACGUGAAAGAACACGUGGAGGUGUACAAAGUAAAAAAAGAACAGGACGUCGUGAGGAGUGCCUUCUACAAGAGUAUCAGGGAGAGGAUCCGGGAGCUGGAGAACCUCAUCAAGAGCAACAUAUAUGCAAAACUGGACAAGGAGAAAGAAGAGUUGGAAGGUUUACAGCUAGCUGAGCCACCGGACCUUCCGGACCCCAGGGUGUAUGUGGGGCUGCAGAACGAAAAGCUGUUUAAGAAGUAUUUAAGGUCUUGCAACACCAGGACCAGGACCGGAGAAAUUAAUUUAAGAAAAUAUAGGAUAUGCGGUGGUGUCUUGAACCUGGACCUGCUACUCACCCCGCCGCAGCCCAAACGGAUGAACUUUGAACUCUUCAUUACCACGUUGGAGCUCCCAAAGCAGCUGAAGCCAAUGGACUACAAGAUCCAGUACCGCGCGCCCCCGCCACCCUCCCCCGGCGUGCAGCGCACUCCUGAGGAGAUAGAAGCCGAGCUGAAGAAGAUUGAGGCGGAGUACGAGAAGCUGGCGCUCGUCAAUAUCGAACUCCCUCAAGAGGUGAUGUGGACGGAGCCGCCGAUCAUCUGCCAGUGGCAGGAUCCCCGUAAGCUGUGGACCAGCAACUACAUUAACGACUACAAGUACAACGAGGACAAGCUCACCGUGCAGUUCCGGACUGGCGUGCUCUGGCCUAUUGGGAUUGCAACAUUAAGAUACAGCAACCUGCCCUACCAAGGGUGGGACAUGAGGCCAGACCCUAAAGGGAAAGGAGUGAUAAUCGUGGUGACAGGCGCCUUCGUUACGAUAACUAUGCUCGUCAUCGGCAACUCUGUCAAGCUGAAGUGGAUAGCAAACGCCACCACACGCGCCAUGAAGGAACACUUCAACAAGAAGUAUAGCGUUAAGAAGAUUGUACAGUUGAUGCGCGAAGCAGCUUGCGACUUCUUCCCGGACUUUGAUGCUCACAACCACGUCGAGGGCUCGUGCCCCAAGGAGUGGGUCAUGGAGCGACACCUCUACCACGCAAUGGCGUACCUCUCCAGGGCAUACAACUUCCAGUGGAGCAGAUGGAACGCUUCAGCUGGUACUCGCCAUAUAGUAGUGCAGUUAAGAGAAGCAGUGGAUAAGAAGAGAGAGUCGAAACUACAGCUUCUCUACGUCAGUCCCCAAAAGUCGACAGUGCUCAAACAGAGUGAAAUGGUGAUGCAGGAAUUCGAUACUGAACCUAUGAUGGGCAUGCAGUUUUACCCGGAUCUCUUCACACUGAACCUGUCGUACGGAUCAAUAGACGCCCGCCGAGCCACGUUCACUAUGAAGUUCAAAUUGGUAGAAACCGUAUUUAAUUUGCUGCAAGAAUUGAAAUUAUGUAGCUAUUCCUAAAACGUUUGAUGAGCACGUAAACAGUGGCAGCCCUAGGGCGGUGCGAGAGACACCGAAAUACGGGGGCGCCAAAAUCAACCAAGAAAGAAAGAAAGAAACAUUUAUUACUGAAAACCACCACCAUACCAUUACCAUUUAUUUAAGACUGGUUCAUCCUGGCCGCAAACUAACUUCAUCGGGUUAGAUUGCUCAUACCGAGCGGCCGUAAACAUUUUUUUUUUUAUUUUAAGGGGCUGAGGGGUGCCACUGUGAGGUCUAGCACCACCUAAAUAUCUUGCUAGGGCUGCCACUGCACAUGAAAGCAAGGUGUGGGUGAAUAUCAAAAUGUGCCAAGUUUGGUGGCAAACUUACAUAUUAUUUUUUCGUGAAAAAUUGGGUUCCGACAUGAAAAAGGAUCCAAAAGGAUCCCGAUUUUUCACGAAAAAAUAAUAUGAAAGUUCGCCACCAAACUUGAAAUUUGGAUAUUCACCCGCGGUCACACUUUCGAAUAAUGUUUUUUAUUAAGUUUCGCACAUUUGUUAACAGCACGAUCAUAGAUUAAUAUUAACUGUACCUACAGAAGAUUUAUUCCGUAAAUACACUCACAGAAAUUGA